CCGUGCUAUUUUUAGCAGUCGCAUCGGAUAAAAUUAUUAUUAUGGAUGAAGAUGCAAGUGAUGAAAUUAAAAAGGGCAGAGACUUCCAUUUCUUAUUAGGCACAGAUGGGUGUAUGAACUAAUAAACUCUUACUCAACGGCCAGAUGACUUUGUUCCAACGAUGAGAGGCAAUAAAUCCAGCAUUCCUUUAAUAAUAGUAUCGGUUACAAUCUUCUUUAUCCUUUUAUUUAUAUACCUACAUUAUACAUCUUCCAGUGAAGCUCAACUUAGUAUGAAAGCAUUAACACCAUUAUAUCCAUACACAAGACGCAAGCUAAUUAAACACCAAGAUUUCAAGCCAGACACAUUCGAACAAACAGUUGAUCCACACUUUAAUAUUAGACGAACAACACAAGAACUGAUCGAUCAACAGGCUGCCAUGUAUGAUAAACAAAUGAUAGCUAUUAUUAGAAACUAUAUCAUUUAUCAGCCAACUCUGGAAGGGUAUAGACUAGAUAAUAAAGACUUGUUUGAUGUUUCUGGCGGUCAGUCAGCUGCAGUUGACAAUAUCUUAAGAUUUAAGGAGGACGGAUUUUAUGUUGAAUGUUGUGCUACAGAUGGUGAAAAAGGUUCCACUUCAUUAUUUUUCGAACGAGUACGGCAGUGGAAUGGAUUAGUUAUUGCAACAGAACCAGAAAAGUUCACAGCUCUUCAAAUGAAACACAGAAAAGCUGCAAUCAUGAACAGUUGUUUAAGUGAUGCUGAGCACCCAGUAAAGAAAAUGUUUACUGUGAAAGACAAACAGACAGAAAUCCAUUGCUUCCCUUUGUAUUCCAUAAUGGCAGCACUUGAGAGAAAAACAAUUGACUUUUUCGCCUUGGAUGUUGGUGGAAUUGACGAGUUAUCUAUUGUGAAGGCUAUUCCAUUCAAUAGAAUAAAAAUUGAAAUACUGACAGUUAGAUUCCAAGGAGAAAUCCGACAUUAUAAAUCAGAAAUCCAGCUGUAUUUGGAGAAUAUUGGAUAUGAUACUGUUUUAAAGUUAGUAAAAGAGGAUGAUGAUUCUGUGCAUCAUUUAAUAUUAAAAAGAAGAGAAUCCUGGUUUACAUCAAUUGUUUUGUGUGUUAUUUUGAUAUCUUGUGUUAGUCUAGUUGUAUAUUUAUAUGUAUCAAAUUAUUAUAGGAAGAGAAAGUCAACAAUCUCAUUAUGAUCUUUUCAUUUUUGUUUAUAUAUGUAUUUAAAGCAUUGAAAGAAUUUAAAACAGAUUUAAAACAUUUAAAAAUCACUUAACAUGAACCUCAUCCAUGCAGCAAUGCUGUAUAUCCUAUAGUUGUCUUCCACAUUAAAAUUUACCCUGAAUAUGCAAUUGAAUUUUUAAUCUUUAAGAAUUAUCUACUGGAAGUUCCUGAAAGUUUAUAGUUUCAAAUGCCUUUUCCACUGUUAAUCAUCAUGUAUUUGUCAUUUUCUCUUUGUGUCAAAACUCUUAAACAAAUAUUUGUUCGUAACCAAUAGUUUCUUAUAUAUCCGAAAAAAAGAAGCUUACAAUUUCUUGAUUGUAUUUUGUCUGUAUGUUAACUAUAUAAUUAUGAUACAGUUUUACAUUUAGAGUUAUGCCUCUUUAGGUGAACAUAUAUUAUUUUAAAUGUACACCACAUCCAGAUUUGAAACAAGACUGCAACAUUAAUCUGGUAUGUGUAUUGUUUAUGACGUGGGUCUCAUUGGGGUCUAAGCGUGACGCGGGAUUGCCGAUUUUUUGUAGGUGUGACAUGUGAAAGUCAAAUUAUUGUGCCGUGAAAACGGGAAAUGAAGUCUAGCGGGAAAUGGGAAAUUAAAAAAAAAUGAGAAUUGCUUACACACAUAGUGUAAGCAGGAUACGGGAAUCUGACAAAACAGUAAGCGGGAUCCGAGAUCAGAACCCCCCAAUGAGACCCCCUAUGACUUGUACUGUUUUCUGUUAUUUAUAAAUUGCAUUGUAUAUGAGAUUAUUAUCAGUCCAAUAAAAUAAUUGUAUCCAUAAUCUUGACUGGAUUGCAAUAAGGUUUUCAUAGAAUUUUGAAUACCUAGUGACACUGUAGUUUUUUUUUAUCUUCUUUCAAAUUAUGCUAUAGCAAAUUAAAUUCAGAAAAUGUUUAUUGAGAAGACCGACAGACAUUAAUCCAUUGUUUUCCUUCUUAUUUCACAUUGCCAGAACAGCUGACUUUUUGAAUGUUGGGGAUACGCACAAGUUGUUCCAUUCCAUUCAAUAAUAAAAACAUUUAUAUACGGAUAGAUAGUUCAUUCAAUUCAACAACAUAAAUAACUAGAUACUUCGGUCCUAAAAUGAUUGAUAACAAACCUUUAUUAAAAUGUGUGAUAAUAAAUUUAGAAAUUAUAAAGAAACUAACUCUUGGAUGGAGCUGGUUAUUAUUUUAGGUCUUUAUUAGUUAUAUAGCUCUUCAACUGUUUCGGUUAUUAUACAUCCUUAGCUUUCAAAUAUUCGACUUUGAGCAUUCCUGAUGAAGGUAAAUCCAGAAAAACACUUUGGACGAAUGAAAUAUAUAUUAUAAAGCGUGUUUUUUCAUUUUUUUGAUAUAUAGAAUAUAGGAUAUGAUUCUGUUUGACAGUUAGUUGUAGGGUAUGAUCAUUCUGUGCACCAUUUAUCAUGUUUAAUUUUAGAACGAAAAUAAAAACAUCAACCUCUU